AUGGUGAGAACAAGGACAGAAGACCCAGAAGAUGCCACUUCUGCAAGGUUGGACAAAAUGGAAAGAAUGAUUAUGGAAAUGGCGGAAACUUUGCAUCAACAACAACAACCACAACCGCCACCGCCACCGCCACCGGUACCUCCACCUGUAGUACAAGAUUUUCAUGCUAAGGACCGAACCAUUACACUCACAAAGGAGUUUAAGAAGAUGAAAAUGCCGUCAUUCAAUGGAGGAAUAGAACCAAUGAAAGCUAAAGCAUGGGUGCUGGGGAUAGAGAAACUGUUCGAAGUAUUUCCUUGUACCGAAGUCCAGAAAGUGCAACUUGCCGCCUUCACUUUUGAAGACGAUGCGCGAAGGUGGUGGAUGCUUACGAGAACUGUGCAUCAAGGCUUAAUAUGGGAUAGAUUUUUGGAGCUGUUCUAUGAUAAGUACUUUCCCCAAAGUGUACGAGAUAAAAUGGCGACUGAAUUUGAAACUCUUCGACAAGGAAGUAAGAUCGUUGCAGAAUAUGAAGCUCAAUUUGUAGAACUAGCUUGGUUUGCGCCUCAUAUGGUGGAUACGGAUUAUAAGAAGGUACACAAAUUUGAAAGGGGAUUACGGGGUGCUAUCCUAGACCGAGUCAAUAUGUUAAAGCUACCUACCUAUGUCGAUGUGUUAGAAAGGGCCGUUAUAGCAGAAGGAAACCUCGCUACUCAGAAUCGGAUUUCCGAGUGGAAAGGGAAGAGACAGAACAAUCAAUGGUCUAAGGGAUCAGUUACUCCACCAAAUAAGAAGCAUAAUCCAAGGAACUCCAGCACCACCACCCCUGCUCAAAACUCCGCUCCUGUGUGUUCAGACUGUGGAAUGCAGCAUCGUAGGACUUGCCAUUAG